AACUGACAUUCAGUCAACUGCGAUCAGAGCUCUGGAAAGGAAACAAACAAAAUGCAAUCAAUUCUACGUCUUUUGUUGAUUUGCGGAUUAAUCUAUUUGACGAUCGCUCAAUCGGGAUUUCAGAAUAUAUAUAUUGGUGGAUUCGGUGGAGGUGAUGAAGGUAGAUCAUUCUCAGGUGGCGAUGGCGGUGACAGGAGCUCCAGUGUCCACAAUUCCGAUGUUGAUAAUCUAUUAAAGAGAUUGGAAUCACUUGAUAAUUCUGGCAAUGAUAGAAACAAUUGGGGAAAUAAUGCAGCCCGAAGUUCUGGAUUCGAUGCAGACAGAAGCCAAGAUGAUUCCGCAGAGAGAAUAAUUCAGUUUAUUCAAGGCUAAAAUAUUAAGGAUUUUAAUAAGGAAAUAAUAAGGAAUAACAAAAUAUGGAAAUAUAUA